UAAUUCCUAUUGGUGAGUCUGACUGGACAAGUUACUGAUGUUGGUUGUGUGUAAUAUGAAUUGAUGUGAGGUUUGAACUGUGAUAUAUAGAAUUUACUGGUGUAUAUUGGACCGUGGUCUAUUGGUAUAUCAAUGAUUGACUGGUUUAACUGAGGUAGUAGUAUAAUAGGUGGGGGGCUGUUAUUGUUGUUUAAGUCUUUAUUAAAUAUGGAAUAAAUCUGAGAGACAGAGAGUUUUUACUACUACUAUAAAUACAGCAGUACAAACGGCAGUGAACUUGACUGUCGUUCUGAAGGUUAAAGCCAACAGACACAAAGGGUGCAAUACUAUAAUCUACUGCUGAAGGCUGUUACGUACGGGUGUGUGUGUGUUUUACCUUAAGACCGUCUGCUUCUUCUACCUUCGUCUUGUGUUCAUGUCAAAUUAUAGAUAAAAACAGUCGCCACUUCAGCAAAUAAACCGACAAAAUGUUGUCCAAGAAAAUGUUCAGUUUCCGGAGCAAUAACAAUUCAUCUACGGAGAAUUUUGAUAAGUUUAAUUCCGGAGAGAAAAUGGCUAAUUUAGAGGAUGGCGGGGAGGAAGCGUACCGUGCCCGAGCGGGACGUAAGCGUCAUUCAGUGCAACUAGAUAAGAGAAUUACUCAGCAGUUAAUGGGCAGUAUUGACCGACGGUCUAGUAAUGCUAGUACCGGUACCGUCGACUCACUGUCCUCGUAUACUGGAAGUUCGUCAGAAGAAGAUGACAGCAAUCCUCGCGAUAAACAACAGAGAACAACCAAAGGUUUUACAGAUUUCUGUGUUAAAAAUAUCGACCAUGCUGCUUUUGGUCGACGAGAAAUUGAAAUUGCAGAGCAAGAAAUGCCCGGACUGAUGGCUCUACGUAGACGGGCUGAAUCUGACAAGCCUCUUUCUGGAGCUAAAAUUAUUGGUUGUACACAUAUCACAGCACAAACUGCCGUUUUGAUCGAGACGUUAAUAUCACUAGGAGCAUCCAUUAGAUGGGCCGCUUGUAACAUCUACUCCACACAGAAUGAAGUAGCCGCUGCCUUGGCUGAAAAUAGUCAACCAAUCUUUGCGUGGAAAGGAGAAACUGAAGAAGAUUUCUGGUGGUCAAUUGAUAAAUGUGUCAACGCCGAAGGAUGGCAACCAAAUAUGAUUUUGGAUGAUGGAGGGGACGCAACUCAUCUUAUGUUGAAGAAAUAUCCAGCCAUGUUUAACAUGAUAAAAGGUAUCGUGGAAGAAAGCGUGACGGGCGUACACCGAUUAUAUCAACUCUCCAAAUCGGGUAAACUUUCCGUUCCUGCCAUGAAUGUCAACGAUUCCGUUACAAAGACGAAGUUCGAUAAUCUAUAUAGCUGUAGAGAGAGCAUUUUGGAUGCAUUAAAACGAACAACGGAUGUAAUGUUUGGUGGGAAACAAGUUUUAAUUUGUGGUUAUGGAGAGGUUGGUAAAGGUUGUGGAGCAGCUUUAAAAGGUCUUGGUGCUAUCGUUAAUGUGACAGAAAUUGACCCAAUUUGUGCUUUACAAGCUUGUAUGGAUGGAUUCCGUGUUGUCAAAUUAGAUGAAGUUAUUCGUCAGAUUGAUAUAUUAAUUACAUGUACAGGUAAUAAGAAUGUUGUCACCAGACAACAUCUUGAUCGUUUAAAAAAUGGCUGCAUUGUUUGUAAUAUGGGACAUUCUAAUACAGAAAUAGAUGUGGCCAGUUUACGAACCCCAGAAUUGACGUGGGAAAAAGUACGUUCUCAAGUUGAUCAUAUCAUUUGGCCAGAUGGAAAAAGAAUCAUCAUGUUGGCAGAGGGCCGUCUGGUUAAUCUAAGCUGUUCUUCUGUUCCAUCUUUUGUUGUAUCAAUAACAGCCACUACACAGGCGUUAGCUCUAAUAGAAUUAUUUAACGCACCACAAGGUCGUUAUAAACAAGAUGUUUAUCUCUUACCUAAAAAGAUGGAUGAAUAUGUCGCCAGUUUACAUUUGCCAACAUUUGACGCCCAUUUAACGGAGUUGUCAGAUGAUCAGGCCAAAUAUUUAGGACUGAAUAAAGCCGGCCCUUUCAAACCUAACUAUUAUAGAUAUUAAUUGAAGAUGAAGGAAGGAAAUGAGAGAAGGAGAGAAUGAAUGAAUGAAAUGAAAAUGUUAAAAAUCAUGACAUCAUUUAUGUAGUUGUGGAAAUAAUUUUAAACUAGCACAUGCUUUAAAUAUCAUUAUUGAGACUACUUUCAUUUUACAUUAAAGGGACAACAAUGACAGAUGAAAUGAGACUACUUUCAUUUUACAUUAAAGGGACAACAAUGCCAGAUAGGAAAUGAAAAAUAGCAUAAUUAUGGAGAAAAUUUGGGUGUCAGACCACCCUUUGUUUUUGUCCUGGCUGUUAUUUAAAUAGUAAUUUUGACGAUAAAAUCAGAAAAAAGGGAAUUUUCAUAAUAUCUUGGUGUUGAUGUUAGUGGAUAUAUAUGAACAACUUGCAGAUUACAGCAUAAAAUCAAUGUUAAGCAAUGUAAACUUCAAAUGAACAUAAGUUGUGAUUAAUCCGUUUGAAUUCUUUUUGGAUCGAGAAAUGUUUGGUAAAGAUGAAAGUCUUAUUUUGGAUUGUUUCCCCUUUAAAGUAUUGUUAGCCUCAAUAUAUGGUAGUUGUACAUAUAAUAUUACCUUAAUUUUUAUCAUAUCUAACUAAAUACAGUGUGCAGGGCCAGGUUUCACUAAAUACAGUGUACAGGGCCGUGUAUCACUAAAUACAGUGUGCAGGGCCGUGUUUCACUAAAUACAGUGUGCAGGGCCGUGUUUCACUAAAUACAGUGUGCAGGGCCAGGUUUCACUAAACACAUUGUGCAGGGCUGUUGGACGCUUACGCAGUUUGCAAGGCCAUGUUUCACUAGAAGGUAUUCAAGUUUUAUAAAACUGUGUGUAUGAUAGUUAUACUUAAGGCUGAUGUCCACCAGUCACGAUCACGACAUGGUCUGCGAUAUCAACCUACAUGUUGUACUUUAUCAUCUCUCUUUUCUCCAUGAUAUUAAAUUACGCUACUGCCAUGCCCCAACCAAAACCUGGCUGGCUAGUCCGGUCAUUUAAACGCAAACCCUAAUAUAGUACAAAUCUAUGAGACAUAUAAUAAGAAAAUGAAAGUAGGGUAAUUAUAAGUAUUAUUUAGAACAGGCUAUGCCACAUAUUUAUAGUUUAAGUCUAUUAAAGGGAAUGGAAGCUUAUUGGCCCUAUUUCAUGAAGCUGACUUCUGGUGACAUAAUUCUGGCCUUGUUAACCCCAACUAAAAAUGUCUGACCGACGGAAUGUUGAAACAGAGAUCCUGUUUAAGACCCGAAUGUAUUGUAAAUGAUAUAAAAUGAAAGUAGGAUGCCUUUAUUUGAAGAGCAACAGUAUUGAAAUGUAUUCUAAUGACAUGUAUAUUUCUGUAGAAGAUAAAUCGAUGGCCGUGAGAAUAAGUCAUUUUAAUUUUGUAUAUAAUAUAUGAUAUAUAUUGAAAAUUUGUUUCAUGAAGCAGGGUUGAAGGGCAAAUAAACGAUUGUACUGUCUUGGUACGGUCAUGGAAGAUAAUUUCCUAUGAACAGAUCAUUACACGUUUUAAUACCAUUAUUCAAAUAAUAAAAACAUCGAAAUAAUUUCAUGUACAUCAAAUUGAACCAAUCUAUUUGUAACAUUGAGUGGAUAUAUUAAAAAAAAAUCGUCCAAAAGUUAUUUUGUUUAUCGUGUCAUGGAACAUGAUUUCGAGUCCGCAAAGGAAAUGAAAUGGGAUUUAACAUCCUACUUUUCCGUGGAAACCAGUUUUAUGAAGACAAGCAUACAUGGUGAAAAUGUUGGAAUAUCAGAAGAAGGUUGUUGACCGGAAUGAUGACAGAAUUGUCAGUGAAUUAUUUUGCAGUGUUUUGAAAUAUUGCAGCAAUGUAGGAAUUUCUGGAUGAUUUUGUAUCCAUCUGAUUUAUGAGAGUUUGGCCGAUUAAAGAUUAGAAUUAAAAACAUAUUGUUCUCAUAGAAUAGUGUUGUCAACAUAUUGUUCUCAUAGAAUAGUGUUGUCAACAUUUCACGUGUAAAAAGUUUUAACAUUAUGACAUCACAUAUAAUUAAUUAGGUUAUUAAAUAUGCGCAUAAAUUAAAUAAUUUUAACAUUCUUCAUGAUAGUUAUUAUUACAUAAAUAUGUGCAUAACUUAAAUAAUUUUAACAUUCUUCAUGAUAGUUAUUUUACAUAAAUAUGUGCAUAAAUUAAAUAAUUUCAACAUUCUUCAUGAUGCUUAUUAUUACAUCACGUAUAAUUAUGUUAUUAAAUAUGCGCAUAAAUUUAAUAAUUACUUUGUACUAGUUAUGUUAACUAAAGGAUUGAAAAGAGACGAUUUUGUUUGAAUUAACAUAAAUUGUUAAAACAUUAAGAGCAUAGUGUAUUCCAGGAUCUGUCCACCAAUUACUUCAGGUCUAUUCCAUUUGAAAUUGUAGGGGGUGGAUAAGUGGGAACAGACUCUUAUGUUUUAAAAUGAUUCAAUGGUAGAGGGGUUUCAAGAAAAGACUGGAUUCUUGAGAAAUAUUGUGUAUGUUUUUGCAUGUUUUACUGACGAUGUACAUAUUUUAUAGGAACGGGGUUGUAUAAAAAUUUGACUCCCUAUUCGACCCCAGGUAAUUUUAAAUGGAAUAAUCCUUACUAGUAUUGGAAUUAAAUUGAACAAGGUUGAAAUUAAUUUGUGAACGGAUUCUGGGAGAAUAUGGUAUAAAUAUGAAAUGUAUUGUUUUUUUUAGUAUGAUAUAUAUUGUAUAUUAUCAAGGAAUAUAUUAAUUAUAUCUACAUAGAUAUAUAUAUAAUAUUUAAAUGAUGUAUAAUAAUAAUAAUAAUGAUUAAGAAACUCUGAUUGUUAAAAUAAAACUAUAGAGCUGAACCUCUUUGAUUUAAGUAAAAAUAAAAUAUUGAACUGGGAUCAUCUAGUCUAGUGUAUUAUUUCUAUUCUAUUUUAACGGAAAUUGAAGUUUAGAUUUGAGCACAACAGUGGGGGGGGGGGGGGGGAAAAAUCGUUUUUUUCCUGGUGAUCUCACCCUACAAGGAAAAUCAAUCAACAUAUAAAAUCAAUGAUUUUAUUUUUAACGCAAAUCAAAGAGUUAUAGCAAUUGAUUGUUAAAAGUAUAUCGAAAGACCGUUAAAAUAUCUCAGGUUGUCUUGGUAACAUUCUGCACAGGUUGUCAUGGUAACAUUAUAUACAAUGUUAAGGUUGUCAUAAUAACAUUUGAUACACUGUUGAGAUUGUCAUGGUAACAUUAUAUACAAUGUUAAGGUUGUCAAGGUAACAUUUGAUACACUGUUGAGAUUGUCAUGGUAACAUUAUAUACAAUGUUAAGGUUGUCACGGUAACAUUUGAUACACUGUUGAGAUUGUCAUGGUAACAUUUGAAAACUGUUGUCAUGGUAACCUUUGAUACAUUGUUAAGGGUGUCAUGGUAACAUUUGAUACAGUGUUCAUGUUGUGGUGGAUUAUUGAGUGUUUAACUGGGAUCAAUGAGGAAAGUAAAAAUUGUUCCAACUUUUUUUAUACAUGUGUGGUUAAAUCAAGAACCAUUUCCCAACCUGUGAUAUUUAUAUCUGAUUACACCUGGAUUCGUCCCCUGAUAAUACCUGUCUAUCACAAGGUACCGUUACACCCAAAACCAUCACCUCCAGACAACUUAAGGCGUUAAUUGUGUUUUGCGACAGAUUCGCCAAUCUGAUUAAAACGCAGAUCCUAUUCUGUUUUGUUUUGUAUAGUUUUGAAUUUUACUUGGCUUUACUACUCUGGAAGAGUUGUUAUAUAACCUGCGUUCUGGUUGAUGUGAGGGAUUAGCCAAUUAAACGGUCUGUUGCAGCGAGUUGUUAGCAUGUCUGACGUCAUAGGGUCAAAAGCUGCUUGUAUGACCUCUGACACAACCUUCCACUACAACCGAUCAGAUCUUCAUGUAGUGGACGCCAUCGAAAGUAUUAAAAAAAACCAAAAUGAGAUUUAGAUCUGUAUUUUAAUCGGAUUGAAGGUUCGCAUAACCUGGACAAGGUUUGAUACUGAGAAACGGCUCUUCAUAUCAUGUAUAAUAUUUUGAAAGAUAGAAAUAAUUUUUUUAAUUUGAUGAAUGGGUAGGCAGGUGUGUAUAUAUAUAUAUCUUGAUUUUAACUUCUUUUUCUUUGAUCUUCAACAUGGAGUGACAGAGGAAAGAAGGAAUAUAAAAUUAGAGAUUGUAAAAAUGUAUAAUGGGAGAAAUAAAAUAUCAAUUCAUCUCUCUG